CUUUUCGCGGUUUUCAGAAUAUUUGAUUCCAACUACAUUGCAGUUUCCGCCGUUCUGUAGAGGCAAAAACCCCUUCUUAUUUACCUUUUACGGUGAUAACAUGGCUCAUAACUAUGUAGUGACGGCUCAUAAGCCAACGGCCGUUAAUGCUGCUGUAGUUGGUAAUUUUACAGCCCCAGAUGACCUUAAUUUGAUCAUUGCAAAAAACACUCGUCUAGAGAUCCAUGUUGUGACACCAGAAGGCCUGAGACCGCAUCUUGACAUCGGAAUAUAUGGACGAAUUUCUGUUAUGGAACUGUUCAGACCUCCGAAUGAACCUCAGGAUUUGUUAUUUAUUUUAACGGCAAGGUACAGGGUGUUUAUACUAAGUUACAAGUCAGAGUCUGGAGAUGUUGUUACCAGGGCUUGUGGGGAUGUUCAGGACAGAAUUGGCAGACCAUCUGACACUGGUUUGAUUGGUAUCAUAGACCCUGAGUCACGGAUGAUCGGUCUUCGGCUUUACGAUGGACUUUUUAAGGUGAUUCCUCUGGAACUGGAUUCAAACAAAGAACUAAAAGCAUUCAACAUCAGGCUUGAAGAGCUGCAUGUGAUUGACAUUGCAUUUCUACAUGGCUGUCAGGUUCCCACAAUUGUUUUCAUUUAUGAGGAUCCUCAUGGACGCCAUGUAAAAACUUAUGAGAUUGUACUGCGUGAUAAAGAGUUCAGCAAGGGCCCUUGGAAGCAAGACAAUGUGGAGGUGGAGGCUUCAAGAGUUAUUGCAGUUCCAGAACCUCUUGGAGGGGCACUUAUCAUUGGACAGGAAUCAAUAACAUACCAUAAAGGGGCCAAUUAUCAUGCAAUUGCUCCACCAGCUCUGAAGCAAAGCACCAUAACAUGCUAUGGGAAGAUUGAUGCUAAUGGUUCAAGGUAUCUCUUGGGUGACAUGAAUGGUCGACUUUUUAUGUUACUGCUGGAGAGGCAGGAACUGAUGGAUGGUAACAUUGAAGUGAAGGAUCUGAAACUGGAGCUUCUUGGAGAGACUACUAUUGCACUCUGUCUCACAUACUUGGACAAUGGUGUGGUAUUUAUUGGUUCAGCAAUGGGAGACUCACAACUUGUUAAGCUCAACACAGAAACAAAUGAGAAUGGCUCACAUGUUCAUGUGAUGGAGACAUUCACCAACCUUGGUCCUAUUGUAGACAUGGUGGUAGUUGACUUGGAAAGACAAGGACAGGGACAGCUGGUGACAUGUUCUGGUGCACUGAAGGAAGGCUCAUUAAGAAUAAUAAGGAAUGGGAUUGGUAUUCAUGAGCAUGCCACCAUAUCAGACCUUGUUGGCAUUAUGGGUAUCUGGCCCCUAAGAUUACAAAAGACAGCCAAAAACUUUGAUGAUGCGCUGCUCCUAUCUUUUGUUGGCCAGAGCAGAAUUUUAGCCCUUGCUGGUGAAGAAGUUGAAGAGACAGAGAUUCCAGGUUUUGAUGAUGAUCAACAGACGUACUUUUGUGGAAAUGUUUCAGGAGAUCAAAUCAUCCAGGUUACAACAUUGUCAGUGCGUCUUGUGAAUUGUGAGACCAGGGAACUUGUUUGUGAAUGGCGACAUCCUGGUGGCAAGAACAUCAGUGUCUGUGCGUGCAACUCUGGACAGCUUGUGCUGGCCGUGGGUUGUGAAUUGUAUUAUCUGGAGAUAAUUGCAGGAAACCUCAAUCUGAUCAGCCACACAACACUUGAACACGAAGUUGCUUGUCUGGAUAUCACACCAACUUAUGAUUCUGACACCAGAGCUCAGUUAGUAGCAGUAGGACUGUGGACGGACAUUUCAGUGAGAGUUCUAAAACUGCCAGGCUGUGAACAACUGUUUGUUGAAAUGCUGGGAGGAGAAAUAAUUCCUCGCUCCAUACUCAAGACAUCUUUUGAGGGUAUUCAUUACCUUCUCUGUGCUUUGGGAGAUGGAACCUUGUUUUAUUUCACCAUGGAUCCAAACACUGGAUCUUUGUCUGAGAGGAAGAAAGUAACCCUCGGCACACAGCCUACAAUGCUUAGAACAUUCAAGUCACUGUCCACAACAAAUGUGUUCGCCUGCUCUGAUCGGCCCACAGUGAUCUAUUCCAGUAAUCACAAACUUGUGUUCUCCAACGUUAAUCUAAAGGAGGUGAAUUAUAUGUGUCCACUGAACUCCGAGGGAUUCCCAGACAGUCUUGCUGUGGCUAGCGAAGGAGCGUUAACAAUAGGAACAAUUGAUGAAAUCCAAAAACUUCACAUUCGGACUGUUCCAUUGGGAGAAACACCCAGGCGUAUUGCUUACCAAGAGUCCACACAAACAUUUGGUGUAAUCUCAAUGCGAGUAGAGGUCCUGGAUCCGGCGUCAAAUACAACUCGACCCCUCCACCCCAGCGCGAGCACUAUGGCUCAGAACAUAACGACCAGUGUGUCAGCAGGCAUGCCGGGCACUUCCGCCGGAAGUUCAGCCGGUGGUAGGGGUGUGGCAGACGGCAUAACAUUUGGUGACGAGGUGGAGAGAAGCAGUUUGUUGAUCAUUGACCAACACACAUUUGAAGUGACUCAUGCUCACGAUCUUCAAGAUCAUGAGUGUGCUACAAGCCUGAUCUCUUGCACGCUAUCUGGUGACCCUAACAGCUCCUACUCGAGUGGAACGUCCAAUACGUAUUACUGCGUUGGCACUGCGUAUGUCUUCCCCGAGGAAGCUGAGCCAAAGACGGGACGUUUGAUUUUAUUUCAGCUCUUGGAAGGUAAACUUGUCCAAGUCGCUGAUAAAGAAGUCAAAGGUGCCGUGUACUCACUGGUGGAAUUUAACGGAAAAGUCUUGGCCGGCAUUAACAGCACGGUCAGUAUAUACGAGUGGACGGCUGACAAAGAAUUACGUGUGGAAUGCAGCUUUUUGAACAACAUCUUGGCUUUGUAUCUCAAGUCUAAAGGGGAUUUUAUUUUGGUGGGUGACUUAAUGAGAUCCAUGACACUGUUAACUUACAAAGCAAUGGAGGGAAGUCUAGAAGAGAUUGCGCAUGACUAUAGUCCAAACUGGAUGACAGCAGUAGAGAUCCUAGACGAUGAUACGUUCCUUGGGGCUGAAAACUCUUUUAACCUGUUCACCUGCCAAAAGGACAGCGGCUCCGCAGCUGAUGAUGACAGAUCGUAUCUUCAGGAGGCUGGGCAGUUUCAUCUUGGCGAGUUUGUUAACGUCUUUAGACACGGUUCUCUUGUCAUGGAACAUCCUGGUGAAGCGUCGACCCCUUUCCAAGGCUGCGUCCUUUUUGGAACCGUCAAUGGAACAAUUGGAAUCGUCGCUCAAUUACCUCAGGAACUGAGUGCUUUUUUGACGCAAGUCCAAGGGAAACUCAGCAAAGUUAUCAAGAGCGUCGGAAAGAUUGACCACAGCUUCUGGCGCUGUUUUUCCAACGAACGGAGAGUUGAGCCUGCCACCGGCUUCGUGGACGGAGAUUUAAUCGAAAGUUUCCUAGACCUACCGCGGUCCAGUAUGGAGGAGGUAGCCUCGGGACUACAAAUUGAUGAUGGUAGUGGUAUGAAGAAAGAGUGUACUGUGGAAGAUCUCGUGAAAGUUGUUGAAGAACUUACAAGGAUCCAUUAGAAGGUAUAUGGCAAGGGUCUACCCUGGAAACCAUUGUAUAUAUACUUCUUUAUUUUGCCCCGCGAUGGUUGAUGUCAGCGUUUCCAGCCAGCAACCAAGGGAAACGGAGUGUAAGAUCAUUGUAAGACUUGUAAGGGAUUGUUGUACUCUUUUAAGGAUCCAAAAACAAAGAAUGUGAUAUUGGCAGAAACUCAGUUUGAUUAUCACUACUUAUGCUGCAAACAGGUGGAGGUCUUUUUAGUUCUGUUCGAACUCCCGAUCUUUUGGUGUCCACCAUUAUGGUUUGAAGCCCAGAACACUCCUUAAUGAGCCCGCGAUUUUGGCUGGAUACGUUGCGAAGCGACAUAGCGUCGCUAUGGUUACCUUGUUGAAAUCACUUUAAGCUCGAAGCUAUUCCAGUAUCGAGUGAAGAAAAACGAAACGUUUUUUCUUUCCUUUUAAGUGGUUACAAAAAAAUGUGUAAUGUAUAUAAAUUUGGCCGUCUAAUAAACUUUGUUAAUGUGAA